AAUUGAAAGCGUCUACAACCAUUGUGUUCAUAACAUAUGUAUUCUUGGAGAGAUAUCUCUGUGAAUGCAAGUGAGUGUUUUGGGCUUCCAAUUUUUUCUCUAGAAGGCAACAAUUGUAGUUUAGAAAGGAGGACUGCAUUCGCCAUCAACAGCGCUGUUAUUGAGAUAUAGCAGCCAUCUCAUGUAUCUUAUUGCAUUGUAGACGCUUCUUUUGAACAAUCUUUGUACAGAAAAAAUGUCGCCUGCAGUAAAAAACACACGUCGGCAGCGAAGAAAGCAAGCUUGCUUUACUUGCCGUCGCCGUAAGUUGAAGUGCGACAAAAAACAACCAUGUUCUCGUUGUACUGAAAGGGAUAUGGGCCAUUUGUGCUUCUUUGAGUCUUCUCCUAAAACAUCUGCAAAAGAUGAUUUUCCAAAUACCGUUCCACAAGGGAAUUCUAACCAAAGCUUUAUACCAGAAGAAAAAAAGUCAAAUGAACACUUCAGACUACAUCGUCAAGGUGUUUUAGUACGGUUGUUGAAGGAGAAAACCGAAAACGAACCAGGUGUUUACAACCCAGUUUUUCCUAUGUACCUCUUACCAGAAUUUCAGAAUACAGACAGUUGCUUUGCACUUCUUCCCCCAUUGCACAUCUUCCACAAAAUGGUGGAUCUGUAUCUUGAAAGGUUUGAAGUUAUUUUUCGAAUUGUUGAUAAAGACUCCGUGAGAAAUGCUUUACAAUUUUUGACUGAGGAAUCAUUUAAUCCGGGACUAAUGGACUUAGUUCUAUGUGUUAUAUGUGCCACUGUCCAGACAGGGGACUUGCCUACUGUGGUACAGAAUUAUUUAAGUUCCUCGUAUGAGUCUUCACAAGCUUAUGCUCGUCAAUUGAAAGACAGAAUCGAAGAUUUAAACAACUAUACUAAAAACUUAGGGCACUGUCCCGAUGCAUAUUAUCUUGAAGCCUUCAUAGUGCAAGCACAUUUAUCCUUUCUGCUAAGGUCACCGCGUAGCCUGAAUAUGGAUAUUUGCAAUGCAGUAUUUUAUGCUAAUACGUUUUAUGCGCAUAAUAUACUUGAAGGUAACAAGUAUGCACAAAAACGAUUUACUCGACAAUGGGUGGCACUUUGCCAACUUGACAUUGUCUCAUCCGUGUUUCUUGACACGCCAUUGUGGAUUCAGCACCACUUAAACGGUCAGUUUUGUCUUAAUAAAGAGGAAUGUGCUUACGAAGAGGUGUAUCUUUACCAACAACUUCUGGCUCAAAUUCUUCAAACAGCGUUUCAACUUAUUCAGGAUCAGCAUCUGCUUGAAAUAAGUGAGUUUAGUGAGAAGCUUGAAGACUAUAACGUUACUUUGUCUCGGUUAAGUUUGCAGGUGGAGAACCGCCUAGGAAUGACGGCAAGUUGCGCAGAAUCCUUUCGUUAUGGAAUUUUUAAGCUAUUACUGCUAAUAUUGAAGACCAGACUUUACAAAUACUACCCUUUCGCGGAUGGAGUCAAAGAAGGACGUUUUAAUAACUACAUCCAAACUCUUGGAAGUCUAUGUUUGAAAGAGGCAGAUUACAUAGCACUUUUACAAGAGGAUUCAAUUGCAUAUGGAUGGCACAUAGUACUCUUUGCACAUGCCAUGAGUGCUAUAGGAUACACACCAUUCUGCAAAAUACAUGGGUACCAAAUUACCUCAGAACCUCUCAAAUGCCUAACAAAAUUUAUGGCAUAUCUUGAUCGCCAUGCUCAUCCUAAAGAUGCGCAACUGACGAAAAUCACUAAAAAUUAUUUUAAGUAUAUUUCAAAUGCUUUGAAUGUAAAGGAAGAUAAUUCUAUAACCGAGGACCAGACAUGUGAGCUAAACACAACAACACCAUCCUCGGCAUCUAUCUUUAACUUUUUUGAUGGCCUAUUUUUUUGAAAAUCGUUAGUUACUAUUGUGUAAUAUGUUGUCCUAUAUUAAGCUAAAUUAUGUUGACUAAUAUAAUAUAAGCAUGUUCUCAAUGCAAGAAGGAUGAAUGUCAACAGCUCCAUGACAUGAAUAAAAUGUCUGUGAUCUCUUCGAGUAACUGCAUUUCCUGGUAACUACAAUUUCACGAAGUGUUGCAUUUGCCAGACAGUGAUUUACCUAGUAAAGUUAUAUAAAAAAGUUGAAACAGUCAUGCUCAAAUACGUAACGUGAUGACAAAAACUUG